CCCAUCGUGCAGCACACCACGGACACAUUGCACCCCCGGCAUCGCUGUUGGCAACAUGUUCGUGGCGUGAACUGUCUCGGCAGUGUAACACUGACGAGGCUGAACUUGCCGCCGCCUGCCCAUCUCUGCGCGACAACCAUCGCGCUCCCGCCGCCAUGCCGUUUCCUUUUGCUCUGCCAACCACAAGUUCUGUGCUGCUGUCCGACUUCUUCGACAGCGUCACCCACCCCUCCCUGCCGCUGACAGCCACCACCAAACGCAGCAUCGUGAAAGAUGUCUUGAAGAAACAUAAACGCCUCUCGCCGCAAGCCCGAGUGACCAAUCUGCCGACAGUCCAGAAUGCCAUCAAGGAUUAUCUUCCCUUUCUGCUCGCCCUGAACGCCGGUGCCGGUUUCCGAGACCUGGGGCCUGAAAAGCUCGAUGUUGAGAUCAAGAGACCACUGGAAGUAGAAUGGCGAAGCACGCUUUCCGCCGCCUUACCAGGUCGCGAGAACGCCCGGCCCAAGCUGACAGGCCUCCAUCAUGAAAUCGCCUUCACGCUGUCGACGCUGGCUUACACGCACUCCCUCCUGGCACGAUCACAAUUGAGGGCAGUCUAUGGAUCCACUGUGCUUACCACGGAACAGCGAACAGCCGCCAUCGCUACUGCAAUGAAACAUCUUGUCGACGCGCAUGCCAUUCACACCUAUCUGCUGUCGCUUCCUUCCAUUUCUGCUGCCCAGGAUGCACCCAUCGACAUCCAGCCUGCAACAAUAUCGGCCCUCGCCUCUUUGGCCCUGGCAGAAGCGACCAUGAUCGUGAUCGCAAAGGACGACCCAUAUAUUGCCGCCGUUUCAGAUGACCGCAAUGAGAACAACACAGAUUGGAUGUUCAAGGCUCCAACGAUACCAAAGGUUCGUGCUCACCUGUACGCACGCUUUUGUCUAGCCGCUGCGGAGCAUGCAACGGGUGCUAGUGGCUUGCUUGGGCGUAGUAGUGGUGCUGCGAAGAUUGAUGAAGAUCUCGUCAAGUAUGCGAACGAUGUUCGACGAACUGCCAGAGGCAAGGCAGCUCGAUUUCUGGCAAUUGACGCUGAGCUCUCAGGUAAGACAGGCGAGGGCUUGGCCUGGUUGAAAGGGGCUCGUAAAGAGCUCGGUCUUGUUGUCGAGCUCGAAGACGGCAAGCGAAAGGGGCUCAAAGGUCUCAAGCAAAGCUGGCAAGAGCGCCGCGAAGAUCGGAAAGUAGACAAGGGAGGUGAGUGGGGUAUGGAUGCUGGCAGACUCGAGGAAGCGAGGGUAGUGGAAAUGCUGGAAGCCAAAUGGGACAAAGAAAACAGCACGAUCAAUGUUCAGCUGGUCCCGCCAUAUGAGCCACUUCUUGCGAGGAUGCCUUCAGGGCGAGAAUACCACACACCACAGCCAUUCCAGCCUCCCAGCCUGGACUCAGACGUGCUUGCGCAGAUGCGCGCUCCGCCAGAGCCUGAAGAAAAGGCAUUCCGAGGUGACGAGGAAGACAGUGGCGAUGAGGGUAUUUAUCGAAACGAGCCUGUCGGUGCAUUCCCUGGCACGGCUGGUGAAUACCAGCGGAGUGCGACCAGCAACAGCUAUUACUGAAGGCAGAAAGCCAUUCAAAUAUACCAACACUACCUGCCCUCAGGAUUGAUCGAUCGCUCAUUACAUGUUCUGAGAUCUCGACAUCCCACGGCUUGCCUCGAGUUUCGCCCCAAAUGCUGAGUCAUCCGGUCGGGGAUUCUCUUGGGGCUAAGGCAAAACAUAGUUUUUGCCAACUUUUCACCUCGCGAGGCAGUUUCUCUUCUGCCUUCAUUGCCACAGACCAGAUGGAUGCCGGCG